AUGGCAUUCUAUCUCACAUCCAAGACAACUCGUUUCGACUCUGGAUCACACAGUGGCGCUCGGUCACAGUUUGUCGCCGCAAUGGCCCUGAAUUUCUUAACCAUGGAUCUCGACACAGUCACCGUCCGCGUCGGCGAAGCAGACACAGCAGUUGAUAUCACCGUCUACCGCGAUGUUUUGUCGGCAGUCUCACCGUACUUUCGCAGUGCUUUCGAGGGUCCCUUCGUGGAGACUACCGAUCGCUCCAUAUCCCUGACGGACGUCACCGAGCAGACUUUCCGCAUGUUUCUACAAUGGGCACAUACCCAAAAAGAUCAGCGGUCAAGUGGCGCUACGGUUCCUUCACCUGCGAUACUUCUGCAAAAGUCCACAACACAGCAUGCGCACGAAGCUGCCACCGGUCUUGCAGAGCUGCAGCUCCCACAUCGUGCGAGAAACGGCCCAGAUGCGGAGACUCAAACACACGCUACACGAGCAAUCGACGAGUCGGCCGGCCGUCACAGUCCAGAAGUUCUUGAAGAGGCGAAGAGGCUCUGCUUCUACAACCCGGAAUGGCUUGACAAUUACCUUUUGUUGCUACUGUCUUUCCUGCGUCUCUACAUCUUCGCCGAUAAGUACGACGUUCCCCAGUUACGAGACGACGUGUUGACUGCCUUAAUCGCACAGUCAACUACGUGGAGUUGGUGGCCAGGUCCCCAAAAAAAGUUGAUUAAGUUUACUUACGCAAAUCUGCCGCCAUCUUCCAAGUUCACCCGCUUCUUAGUCUUGUCCACAGCAUACACUUGGUUUUGGCGACCUGAGGACUGUAGUGCUACCAAAUUGCGUGCCUUGAAAGAGGCGAACGAGGACCUUGCUUUCGACGUUGCUGUUGUGCAGAUCCAGAGGCUCAAGGAUGAAAAGUCGUCAAAGGAUAUGCCCUCACGGCUGAAGGACGCUCUGCCCAAUUCUUGCGCCUUGCACGAUCACCUCCAUAAUGCGGAGAUGUGUCGAGAGCGCAUUUACAACCAGCCACACAUCUUCACUGGGCUCAUCGAAAUGUGUGCACAAGACGCCUUGAGGAUGGCGAAGGAACCCGACGAGACAUAUACUUCAUACAAGGAAAGAUCCUGA